AUGCGCGGCGUGACGUUGGAGAUCGUCGUGAUCGGGGCGCUGUGCUGCCCCUCCAGUACGGCGAGGCAGCGGCGCUCGUCCCUGGAGCGCCAGUCCCACACGCGCACGGCGCAGUCAUCGCCACCCGACCACAACUCACCGCUGCGCAGGUGUAUCUCCAUGGCCCGCACGGAGCCGUGGUGUCCCCGCAACGUCGCCACGCACGCCACGUUCGUCUCAAUCUGCAGCGGGGCCUUCGGGUCCCACACUUUGAUGGUGGCGUCGUCACUCCCCGAGAGGACAAAUUCUUCCACCGGCUCGCCCCCACCGGCGGCGCUCUUGUCGUCGUCCUCGUCCAGCAGCCGCGUUUCCUCCGAGAUGGAACGGCUGCCACCCCCACUGCCGCUGGAGGCAACGAGGACGCAGCGCACGGCGUUGAGGUGA